GGAGUUGAAACUCGCAUUGAGAAGAUUCAUAAAAAAAUUACAGAAUUAAAUAACAAAAUCGCCAGAAACCCACAUCUGGCAGAUCUAAGUAUUGUAGUGGCGCAACUAAAUUCUGAAUUACAAGAAGAGUUAAGACUGUUAACGAAAAAAUGGCAAUUAAGAUCGAAAACUAAGUGGAUGGAAGAAGGUGAGAAGUCUACAAAGUAUUUUUUUGAAUGGUACAAAUCAAGGGUAGCACAGGAAGCAACAACUAAAAUUAGGAACCCAGCAUCACCAACUUCUGAGGAUCGGAUAGAAAUAUUGAAGUUUAUAAAGGAGCAGUUCGAAAUGCUGUACCAAGCAGUACCAAUAGACUUAGAAGCGGUAGAGGAGUUGACAGAGAACCUGCCUUUUGUGUCCCAUCAGCAAAAUAAUGCACUAACAAAAGAAAUUAGUCUGCAAGAAAUUACAGAUACAAUUGAUAAAUUACUAAACUAUAAAGCCCCGGGCUUAGACGGAUUAAUGUACGAAUUUUGCAAAGUAUAUCGUGACGAAAUCUCUCCAGUUCUUAAAACCAUCUUUAAUAAUGCACUUAAUACGGAAAUCCCAGAUAGCAGGGAAGAAUGGCCAUGGGACUCUGUAAAGCUUAAAAUUAUGGAAACCAGCGCGGCAGACUUGACAACAGCAAAGGCCACUGAGUAUUUGAGAAAAAUAUCCAUAUCAUGUACCCUAACACAAGCUAACUUUUUUAGUGAGAUCAAUAGAAAGGAAAACUGGGCGUGGUCACUAAUAAGAUGGGCUCCAAACUACAAAAAGAACAUCUUUUGGCGAAUAUUACAUAAGGCACUUCCUGUGGGUACAAGGCUGGCAUAUGUGAACCCAACAGUCUCACGUGACUGCCCAUGGUGCCCAAAUGAAUCGCAGACAAUAGAACAUUUUGCAAUCGAAUGCCGGGUUAGUAGUAAGCUGUGGGAACUUGCAUACGACAUGUUCGGUAUUUCGCAAGAUGCAGCUCCUCCAGCUACGAUAGAAGAAGUAGUUACAGCAUCUAACGUUAAGUCCACCCAGCCUCUCACGUUGGUCAUAUGGCUCCAUAUACGAAAUAUGGGUUUGGUUCACAAACAAGAGUUGGGGAAACAAUACGAUGCCAGAACCAGCAAUAAAAUAUAUAUGGAAAAUCAGAAUUACAAAAGAAAUACAAACGGCUUUAAAUAG